AUGUCGAGCGCACCAAAGAAAAAGGUCACAAAGUCUCGCAACGGCUGUAUUACCUGUAAGAAACGACGAAUCAAAUGCGAUGAGACGAAGCCAAGAUGCAAUAAUUGCGUUCAAAAAGCUAUAGAUUGUGGCGGAUACGCCACAAAUUUUAAGUGGAGGUCGUUAAAUGAAAAGGGCAAUGUGAAGCUGGAAGACGAGAAGAGCUUUUUGUACAAACACUUGGAAUUGGCGUCGCUACAAGUGACGGGAAAAACCAUUCACGAUAUCAAGGCUGAACAUGACAUGAUAGCAUUAGGUGUGAACCCCCGACGAGGGUCUCAGUCUCCAUAUGUGAGUGAUUCGAACGCUUCGGAAUCAUCAAAACCGCUGCUAAAACGAUCUUACAGUCAGUCCAAAGUCGAAGAAUCUCACAAUGUGCCUCGAAUGAAGAACCAUCCUCGUUCGCUCAGCACGAACAAUGCGGAUAAUGUAGCCAGUAUCUCCAACUUUCGCAAGACUGCUAUGGAAAGAGACAGAAAUGACGGUCUUCAAUCUUUAGUUGAAGUUGCAGUGGACGAAAUCAACAUGCGGUCGUCUCCUUCAUUGCCCUCUCGGGAACUAUACCAUAUUCAACAACGGAGCCCUUCUGCUCCCAGUCCCAAUCUCAACCAGGUACCUUUCUCGCCAAGCUUGCCAAGCUAUUCUAACAAGGAUGUGAACUCUCGUGGAUUAGUUACGAGAAGUCCUAUCGAGAGGUCAGAGAACGACUUCAAUAUCAACCUAACCCCGUCACUUUCGGCUCUCAUCAACAAUGCAUUUCGACUGGGAUUCGAACAGGAUUUUGCGGAUUCCUCUGGUAAACCUCCAGAGAUUCCUUUGAGUCCACUCAAUCUCAAUACUGAUUUCAGAAUCUCUUCUCCAGAUGAUUCUCUCUAUAGUGGGAAACAGUCACACCCAACAAUCACCUUUUCUCCGGCGCCUGAUAACAAAAUCAUGAACAUGUCUGAUCCAGAAUCUCCUCGUAACGAUCUUUCGUCAACCGAGGGAAACAAUUUGAGUUCUGUAUCAGCCAGUCCCCAUCAGCCAAGUAGCUUGCUUCGCAGUUCGGACCAAACCCAAAUACUCUUCCUAUACUCAGAGUAUACUUGUACCAUUAUGUCUAUCAAAAAUGGACCCAAUGAAAACCCGUGGCGUAACCUUAUCGUUCCAUUAGCCACAACCUAUCCGUGUCUUUUCAAUUCCAUUGCGUCUAUGACCAUGUUUCACUUGGCAGGCAACCAGAGAGACGCAGAUGCCAGCACCACCUUGCGCUCGCGAGGUUUUCUGUAUAUGAAGCGGUGUGUGUUGGAGCUUGCAAGUGGAUUGUCGAAAAUGAACGACGAAGGAAUGGAAAAUACACCAGAAUUACCUGCCGAUGUAGCAUUGACUGCGUGCUUAAACUUGGCAGUUUCAGAAACCUGGGAUACCCAUAUUUUCAGUGGAAUAGCACAUUUGAAAGGUGCCAAAAGUAUGAUUCAAAAGGUAUUGACUCUUCUCAAAACCCAGAGGAAUAUAGUAGCUCGAGACCGUAAAACACUUGCUGGACCGUUAGAAGUGUCAAAGCUCAUUGAGCUGAAAAAGAAAGAUUUGAAGAAGAAGCUUGUUAUGGUGGACGACGAUGAGUGGGACGACAUUCUUAAUGAUAAAACUCCUGAUAUGUCAGGCACGCUAGGAAUUUCAAUCCCUCGAAGCUUGCAGUUUUUGUUCAACAUUUGGAUUUACUUUGAGGUUCUUGCUCAAAUGACAUCUUAUCUGAACCAGGACGACAAGGGCCUCGAUUUGGUGGCUACCAUCACCGACAUGCUCCAAGAAUCGCACCGGAAAAAGAGCAAGAUCAUGAGCAUCGAUGGUGACACUGAAUCGGUAAGUAUGAAGUCCGACUCGAGCCAGCUGUCAAAGGGAGGGCCUGUUGAAGGCUCUGUUGCAUCUUUUGAUUUUUUCGAUAAUUUGGAGUCGUUCGGAUUUUAUGCCGAGGAAGUGGAUCCUUUGCUAGGAUGUGCCCAAUCGUUGUUUCUGAUUAUUGGCAAGGUUGCAAACUUAAUUUCUAAGGUUCGCAAACUUCAAAUGAGGAAUGGUUUUAGGAAUGGACUUCUGGUUAUAACUCAAGCAACUCAACUAAAGCAGGAACUUGUUGAAUGGCGUCCUGUCAUAUCUGAUAAUAUGGUAGCAAGAAGUAUGGUCAACGAUGGCGAAGCAACGGGAGUAAAGUCUACUUGGGACAUAGCUUCUUGUAUUGCUACUGCUGAGGCGUAUCGAUUUGCAUCCAUUCUCUAUUUGCACCAAGCCGUGCCUGAGAUUCCAUGUUUAACAUCUCACGAAUUGGCAGAGAAAGUAUUUAUACUUUUGGCAUCGAUUCCUACAACUUCGCACACAUACACUGUUCAUAUCUUUCCGCUACUUGUUGCUUCUUGUGAAGCACUUCCCGGAGAAGAACGAGACUGGUGUGUAUCACGAUGGGCAUUACUUUCAGAAAAGCUCUGGAUUGGAAAUGUUGAGAGAGCACUAGAAGUAGUGAAAGAGGUCUGGAAGCGCAAGGAUGCGAUGACAGAAAGUAAAAGCACCGAGGUUCGGGUCCAUGGCGAUGGAAAAGUCAAGAAUUUCACCAAGCAUAUUAGCGGGCUAAUGGCUGCAAUCAAUGACGAUCAAGCCAGUGAUAAUCAUGGCCGGAUCAAUGGAAAACUGCAUUGGAGCACCAUCAUGAGAGAGUGGGGGUGGGAGGUGAUGUUAGGCUAG